AUGGCAAACGUUCUCAGUAAAUUGUAUGAUGAGCUGCCCGGCCUCACCUUCCCGAGGUGGGGUCGCAGCGCAGGACCCGAGCCUGCACGCUGUCCCAUCUGUAGGAAGGUCAGGACGGGUCCCAGGCCGGUGCCGCCACCAGCCGGUCCACCCAGGGCCCCCAAGAGGAGGUGCCCUGAGCCGGAGGCCUCGGACACCACCCCGGUGCAGGGCCCUCCGGCGUCUCCAGAGCGAUCGCCAAAAAGACCUGCGCCUCCGCUGCCAGCUGGAGACUCGGGGUUGGAAACCCCCAGCAGCCCAAGCACCCCUUCGGGUCAGCUCGAGUCCACAGCCCGAAUUGCAACACCCAGACCGCGCAAUCAUCUUGUGGUGCCCAGGAUGCCGUGGGACGUCCCUCUUCCCGACUCCAACAGCGACGAGUUCGAAGGCCAAGAGGGUACCCAAUCUCAUGGCCGUGACAUUCCCAGCUCGCAAAACACCACCGCGGACAAUCUGGGUGAAAACCAACCCCCGAACGGCUCACGUUCCCAGGAGUCAGGUAAGGUGGUGGAGGGCAAAAAGCCCACCGCAAGUCCACCACCAGACUCCCAGCAGUCAGCGAAGGGGGUAGACAGUGAAAAGCCCAAAGCUCGUCCACCACCAGACUCCCAGGAGUCAGCGAAGGGGGUAGUGGGUAAAAAGCUCAAAGCUUAUCCAACACAAGACUCCCAAGCGUCAGCGAAGAUGGUGGACAGUGAAAAGCCCAGAGCUCAUCUACCAGACUCUCAGGAGUCAGCGAAGGGGGCAGUGGGUGUAAAGCCCAAAGCUCGUCCACCACGGGACUCCCUGGAGUCAGUGAAGGGGGUGGCAGUUGAAACACCCACAGCUAGACCACCAGCAAGCCCUGCUACCCCAAAUCUGGCAGCUCACAGAGCAUCCAAAAGGAAAGCAGCAUUGCCAUCAGCUCUGCCUUUGCCAGAGAUUGUGCCAGUGCCCGUACAGUGGGGUCGCAGUGAGCUUCCCCCUCCUCCUAAACUUCCAUGCAUGGACAUGCAGAAAGACGUGGACAUUUGUAACACCACUCAGUCUACUCAUAGUAAAAUCUGUAAGACAAAAUGCUCAGGGAGAACAGAAGUGACAGAUGGCAGUGACAUCAACACUGCCUCUUCUGUUCCUCCACCUGUUGUAGAGACUUAUGUCUUCGUGACCCUGCCUGCCUGCACUUUAAACAUCCCAGCUCUUCUCAGCACCGCUAAUGUGGAAGAGCAGGCUGCUGGGGCCAACAUUGUGCCAGCAUCCUCAUCAAAAUCUAACGAGGGUCUGGCACCUAAAAUCCUCAUUUCCUCUUUGGCUCCUCCUGCAGACUCUCUUCCUUUUGGUACCCCAGCCUCUCAACUGGGGGUUCUAAAUGAUAAAAAUGGAAACCAUGCCCCUUUAAUGAGAGCUGCAACCCCUACCACUUCUCUCUCCUCCAAACUUGCUCUUCCUGAUCAUUCCAUUCUCCCCUGCACAAAGGAAUCUAACACUGCUACUUCUCCUGAUUCCCGUCCUCUUCCCUUCCCCACCCUCCCUGUAGUCCCACUUCCCAUGAACACUACCACCACUGAUAUGGUUGCAGCCGCCCCCAGCCUAUCCUGUCAUGUGAGCCUGCAGCCGGCCACAGAUGACGAUAUUGUUCAGAUGGAUACCACACCACCAUCUGCAGCCGUCAUUUACUCAUCUCCCCAAGUCUCCACCACUGACUCCUGUGCAUUGCCGCAGGCUCCCAAUAGCCUGCACCAGGGAAACUUUAUGAAUGGGCCCGUACCCAGCGGCCCACCUAUACCUCCCCCACAACCAAUACCUCAGGCCCCCUGUGGCCUGCAACCAGGACACUUGCCGAAUGGGCCAAUGCCCACCAGCCCACCAGUACCCCAGGCGCUCUGCAGUCCGCCUCAGGGCCAUGUCACCGUGGGCCCAGACCCCACUGCCCCUGCAACACCCUAUACCUAUCCAGUUCCCCAAAUCCCCUGCAGUCUGUACCAGGGGCAACUUGGGAUGGGGCCAGCCCCCACCAACCUACCUCCUACCAGGGGGUCCUGUUCUUCCCAAACCUUGGUCCCUCAAAAUGAUCACUAUUCCACCAAUGCCAUCUCUGUUGUGCAACCGCAGCACACAAUGUCACACAGUGACUCUAUUUCCAGCAAGCAAGACCCCCACAAUCGGUUUAUACAGUCUCAGCACAUGCGGGGACCCAGCCCAAAUACUGACCAUGCAUCUAGUGCUAGUGCCCUUCCACACCCCACACUUGGGGUUUUCAGUGGACUACCUGAUAAUAAUUACUCUCUCAGCCAACCAGUCCCCUUACAAACACCAGUUAUUGACCUAACCGCGCCUACAAUGCCACCACCUAAUGACUCCGUCAAUGUGAUCCCCCUUGUGCAGCAGAUGCACAAUCCCUCUCUUCCGCUAUCUUCUGCUCCUCCGGUCCUUCCCAACAUGGACCAAGCAGUUGUCCUUACUCACGGAAGUGGCUCUUCCCCACCAAUGAAAUUAUCCAUGGACGAUGACGAUAACAUGAUGGAUACAACACCUCCUUCAGAGGCAUUUAUGUUUCCAUCUCCUCCGAUCUUGACAAACAACCUCUCUGUAGUGAACCAGGCCCAUCCUGCUCCUGCCCAUGUGCCACACAGUGACAUUAUUUCUAACCAACAAAACUCCUACAAUCAGUUUAUACAAUCCCAGCACAUGCCGGGGCCAAGGCCACACACUGGCCAUGCAUCUAGUGCUGGUGCCCUUCCAUACCCCACCACUGGGGUCUUCAAUGGACAAUCUGACAGUUUGUCUCAGAGCCAACCAGUACCAUUGCAAACACCAAUUAUUGACUUAUCUGUGCCUACAAUGCAACCACCUAAUGACACCAACAUACAAACAGGACAUAUGGCCAUGUCCUUGCCUGUGCCUGCAGUGAAUGCUGAUAAUACACCACAGCACACCUCUUGUAGUGAUUCUUACGGUGUUUGCAACACUGCCAGACAGAAAACUCCUGGCAAGAAAAUCUCCAGACGCACAGGCUCUCAUGGCACUAAUUCAUCCCUGAACCAAGCCACUCCUGCAACAAAUACUGGCUAUCCACCUAGUGCUAGUGCCCUUCCAGACCCCACACUUGGAAUUUUCAGUGGGCAAUCCGACAAUUUCUCUCGGAGCCAACCAGUGCCCUUACAAACACCAGUUAUUGACCUAACCGUGCCUACAAUGCAACCACCUAAUGACUCUGUCAAUGUGAUCCCUCUUGUGCAUCAAGUGCACAAUCCUUCUCUACCAAUAUCUUCUGCUCCUCUGGUCCAUCCCAACAUGGACCAAGCAGCUGUCCUUAUGCAUGGAAAUGUCUCUUCCCCACCAAUGAAAUUAUCCAUGGACAAUCAUCAUAUGAAGGAUAUAACACAUCCUUCAGAGGCUUCGAUCUUUCCAUCUCCUCCCAUCUUGACACACCACCUCUCUGCUGUGAACCAGGCCCAUCCCGCUUCUGCCUAUGUGCCACACAGUGACGUUAUUUCUAGCAUGCAGAACUACCACUAUCAGUUUAUACCGUCUCAGCACAUGCCGGGGCCAAGCCCACACACUGGCCAUGCAUCUAGUGCUGGGGCCCUUCCACACCCCACCGUCGGGGUCUUCAAUGGACAACCUGACAGUUUGUCUCUUAGCCAACCAGUACCUUUGCAAGCACCAAUUAUUGACCUAACUGUGACUAGUGACACCAACCUGCAAGCAGGACAGAUGGCCAUGCCAAUGCCUGUGCCCGCAGUGAACAUUGAUAUCACUCCCCAGCACACCUCUUGUAGUGACUCUUCUGGGGUUUGCAACACUGCCAGACAGAAAACUCCUGGCAAGAAAAUCUCCAGACGCACAGGCACUCGUGACACUAAUUCAUUCCUGAACCAGGCCACUCCUGCAACAAAUACUGGCUAUCCACCUAGUGCUAGUGCCCUUCCAGACCCCACACUAGGGGUUUUCAGUGGGUAA